UUUAAAAAUGAGUAGCAUACCUCCAACGCGAACUUCGAUGUUCUAUGAACGGAUAUUGAAAGUCGAGCCGUGUAACAAGUGUUGGCUGCACCUUUCAGUUCUUUCACCCCGUUUGAGAUGUUUCAGAUAAUGACAGACGGAAGGAUGACAGGCGUGUUUUGCGUUGUGUUGGCUGCACCUUUCAGAUCAUUCAGAUGAUUCAGAUUCUGCAGGCCGUUUGAGAUGUUUCAGAUCUUCAAGAUAAUGACAGUUGACAACCUUGGGAACAGCGGAAGGAUGACAGGCGUGUUCUGUGUUUUGAUGGAGGGUGGAGAUGUUAAUGGCACUUAAUGCGUUGUCUUUCUGCUCUUUACAGCUAACACAUGGUUUGAGUCACACGUUAGUGUGUUUUUAAGACUGACGAUAACCUUACUUUUUUAACUACCUGAAGUGACAAAAACAAUGUUAAGUAGUCGUGUUGUAUUGUGUCUUAUAGUAGUAAUCGCCGUAAGAAGUACAAGUGCAUCUGUUGGGGAUAGGUCUCCAUACUAUCGGGCAUGUGUUGAGAAGUGCUCGACAGCUAAUUGCACAGAAGGUGGUGUGAAUUUCCAUUCAUCAUAUGGUGCUCAGGCCCAACCUUUGUACCUCCAGUUAACUAAAUGGUCAUGCCAUGAUGAAUGUUGCUAUGACUGUAUGUGGAAAACAGUUGAGGCUUUCAGCAACAGGAACUGGGCCAUUCCCCAGUUUCAUGGCAAGUGGCCCUUUACUAGAAUUCUUGGUAUCCAGGAGCCUGCAUCAGUUGUUUUCUCAAUUUUCAACUUUAUAGCCCACUGUAUGAUGCUGAAACAGUUUCGGAGAGAAGUUCGAAAGACAAGUCCCAUGUACUGGUUGUGGCAUGCAUAUGCAAUGGUGUGUUUAAAUUGCUGGUUUUGGUCAAGUGUUUUCCAUACACGAGACACGCCAUUUACUGAGAUGAUGGAUUAUUUUUCUGCUUUCUCAACUGUCUUAUUUUCUUUUUAUGCAAUGGUUGUUAGAUUACUGAAUGGACAGAGUCGAAUCAUGAUUGUAAUUUUGAGUUUCCUGUGUGCUGGCUUUUUUGUUCAUCAUGUCACAUACCUGGCACUAGUUAAUUUUGACUAUGGGUAUAACAUGCAGGCAAACAUAAUUGUCGGUAUUGCAAAUGCAAUGGGUUGGUUUAUAUGGUGUUUCUACUACCGGAAAAGUCAGCCCUAUGUGUGGCGUUGUGCUCUCUUUGUGUUAUUAGUUGGAGUAUGUAUGAUAUUUGAACUGAUGGAUUUUCCACCCUUUCUGUGGGUUAUUGACGCUCAUUCACUCUGGCACUUGGCAACAGCAGGCCUGCCUUUCAUCUUUUAUCGAUUCCUGAUAGAUGACUGUAAAUUCCUGAGAAAUGAGUUUGUCAAUAACAAGGAAAAGUUGAGACCUCAUAUUGAUUAGGUGGUCUAGAAAUUCAUUCUUCAUGUACAGAUUUCUUGCCGUUCCACAAACACAGGGCAUCGGAAGAAAUGAAGUCAUUAUACAGAAAGUAUUAUAAUGGUUUGUUCUUUGGUGUUGAAAGUUACUGGUGUAUAUCUAGUCACUUAGAAAAUUAGAAUCAGGAUUCAGCAGAUAUAAGUACUGAUCUCAUCAUAUGAUUUUUUUUGUUGAAAAACUGAUAUUUUAAUCUGGUCAAUAAUGCUUGAUGUAAGAUUUGACAUUCUCACAGAAUUUAAUAUCAAGAUUGCAGUCUUUUGGAAUGUGCUGCAAUGUGAUGUGGGGCCAAGACUGGAUAAAAAUUUACCCCUCCCAAAUGUCCAUACUUAAAGAAAGAGCAAAAUUUGUGGUCUUAUUUAAAUAGCAACUUAAAGCAUGUCAGGGGAGGAUUUGGAUACCACUUGGCUCAUCUAUACCCUCUACCAUCCGCAGGUCAGUUGUGCAGGCAGAUGCUAAUAGAAGCUUCAGCAGGGAUAAAUGCAAGCCUAAAAAUGCACCGUUUCUAUCAUAUAUUUUGGCAGGACUGGCUACAUACCUCACACCUUCAUUUUAUGUCUUUUGUAAUCAUGGCAACAGAAAUUUAUGUGACACAGAAUCGCUUUGAAAUCUUUAAAUUUAGUUUGACAGUUUUUAAUUAGCUUCUUAUGUAUGAUAUCUGUUUACUACUGUCACUAAAAUUAUACUAUUUUUUGCUGCUGUAAUACUGCCCUUAAUACUACUAAAUCUACAUAGCCCAACAUUUACAUGGGGUUUAUAUUACUGAUUUUAGGCUUUCGCAGUUGUUCACUGUCAAUGUUGAUGAUUCUGCCCUUGCAUUUGAACUAUGCAGGUGUGUGCAAUGUUGCCUCCACUGUCAGAGGCCUGGGCAACACUUCCCACAUCCAUACAGUGCAAAAAUCCAUGAGGAGAAUAAUAUCAACAUGAGAUUUGUAAUAAACUUUCAAACCAUAUUCAUAUUCCAGACUUGUCAGCUGAAGUAAACAUACACAUCACAUAUUAUUAUUUAAUCUUAUACAAAUAAAGAAAGACAAAGCUAAGAUGUUAGCACAUGCUCUUACCAUAGUGUAGCUGAGUUCCUAGAGUCAGAAGGAGAACAACAAAUGUUCUGACAAGUAGGGAGCAGGGGCAAGAAUGUGCACAGAAUUCUGUGAAGAUCUGAAGGGCCAGGGUCUCCCAGCCAAAGUACAAUGGAACAGACUUGCAAGGGGAAGGCAUGACAUCCGCAAGUAUCUGGAAGGAACUUUCUUGGAAAGGUGACUGGGUAGAUCCUGUGAGUCUAGGUCCUCCGUUUUCUCGCAACUGGCAUCUGUUAUGUAGAUUUUAGAAAACCUCUUUAUGCCAUACAUAAUAUAAACAAGUCAGAAAUCUGUGAAACAGUAUUAAAUGCAAAAAUUAGAAAUUCACCAAACUACUUUUCAUACAUUUAGAUGUUACAGUCUGGUGGAGCUAGGUGUCUCUUGCCCUUAGAGAUGGGCUGCCCCUAGGCCACAGUCUUAACUGAAUAAACUUUACCUAUUUAAUUUUACCAUUACUGAUUGCGGCCUUAGCUUGAAAGAGCCCGACAUAAUAAGGGUGCAGGAAAUAUCAUUUACAAAUGAAAGCAAGAUAUGUAUUUUCUCAGGAGUGACAUAUUGCGUACUUCUUAAGCAGUUGGUCAGUAGCAUAAAAUGUCCAAAACAUGAUUCACAGAAACCGGGCUAAAAGUAACUUCUAUUUGGUGUUAGCAUGACUGCAGAAAUGAUGGUUUGGAUAUCAGAUUUUCUGACUAUCAUAUUCAGUUUGCAUCCCAAAUCACAUUAAUGUUGUGACGUGGACAGAGCAACGCUCGGUAAACACGGCCCCCCCCCCUCCAGCAGUGGCGUCACAUCAUUGGAGCAAAUAUUGACGGGCCAAAUAUUAAUGAGAAUGCCUACAUAAACAUGCUUAAUAGUUCUGAUAUACUUAUUAAUGAUGAUAACAUUUUAAUUCUUUGUGUGUAACAGCCAUGACCAUUCAUGUACUGAUAAAUCUUCAAAACAAAACUGUGUCUGUAUUAAUUAAAUAAAAAUUGUUUCAAAGUGUUCA